GUCUAAAGUUUGCGAUACUUGAAAAAUAUUUCUAUAAUUGUUGUAUUGAAUUUUGUUGUUCAAGCAGAGCAUUUUAUUAUACGGUAUUCGUUACUUAUGCUUACCUACUUUGAUUUCGCCUGCCAUCUGAUUCUGUUUUUGUCCUUACUUGCCUUUGUUUGUUUGUUUCUCACACACAGGUCUGGCAUCAAUACAUAUAUUGCACAUUUAUUUUCUAUUUAUUUUGAGACUGCUUAGAGAGAAAGCGAGAGAAAGCGCGAGAGAGAGAGAGAAAGAUGAGAGCAUUCGAGGGCGCAGACUGGCCUACGAGCGUAGCGGCGUUGUCGUACGGGGAAGACGUAGUAAUGAAUUUGUUUAUAUUUUUUGUAUUUGCCGAUGAUCCUCCCGUCGAUGGUCGUUUCGCUGGACGGUACCAGUUGGAGUAUACAACAGCAACCACAACACCAACUGCUGGUGGUGGACUCGGUCGCGCAGCAGCAACAGCAACAGAUCGUCGCGUUGAAUCAGAUCGUCGCAUCAAAUCAGAUUUCAUCAUCGGGAGGUGAUCCGCAGCAACAGUGCCGCAAAAUGACCGACCAGCGAGAGCAGCAGCAGCAGCAACAACAGCAGCAGCAGCAACAACCGCAGCCCCAGUUUCAGCAGCAGCAGCAGCAACAGCAGCAGCAACAACAACAACAACAGAUCAAAGGCAAUGAGGAACCAAAGACGAAUCUGAUUAUUAAUUACCUUCCGCAAAACAUGAAUGAGAAGGAGCUGUACAGUCUAUUUGUCACGAUUGGUCCGGUCGAAUCCUGUCGCGUUAUGAAGGAUUAUAAGACUGGUUACAGCUACGGCUUUGGUUUUGUCAACUACGCAAAAGCUGAGGAUGCAGCGACGGCGAUAAACACAUUAAAUGGUCUUCAAGUGCAAAAUAAACGUCUGAAGGUUUCGUUCGCUCGGCCUUCUGGAGAAGAAAUUAAAGAAACGAAUCUUUACGUUACGAAUUUACCGAGAAAUAUAACGGAAAGCCAAAUCGACGAAAUCUUCAGUAAAUACGGCAAUAUUGUGCAGAAGAAUAUAUUGAGGGAUAAACUGACCGGUUUACCAAGAGGAGUAGCGUUUGUUAGAUUCGAUAAAAGGGAGGAAGCCCAAGAGGCUAUCACACAACUUCACGGUACAAUACCAGAGGGUGGAUCAGAGCCGCUUAGCGUAAAAAUUGCGGAGGAACAUGGCAAACAAAAAGCGGCGUAUUAUGCGGGCUGGCAGGCGGGAUACAAUCAAAGCCGCGGAGGGAGCGGACUCGGAGUCAGCGGCGGCGGCGGUGGCGGCGGCGGAGGCGGCGGCGGCGGCAGCGGCGGUGGCAGUGGACGGGCUCGGGGCAUCGGGGGUCCACCUGGAAUGGGCAUGGGUAUUGGCGGCGGUGGUCCGGGGAUGUUGGGCCGGGCAGGUGGUUUUGGGCCGCGUGGUGGUGGGCCUCAUAGCGGCAGCUUCCUGGGUGGAGGCGGCGGCGGCGGUGGUGGCGGUCCAGGUGCCAUGCGAAUGGAGAAGAUACACCCGCAUCGAUUUAAUCCGAUCGGAAUGGGAGGCGGCGGUAGCGGCGGUUACGUUCAAUCGCACUUCUGGUGACCAUCGCGAUAUGACAUCAACAACGACGGCGACAAUGACGAUAACAAUGACAAUGACGAUGACGACCGUAACGACAGAGAUACGCUUACAUUCGCCACAACAAUGAUCGCUGGCUGAAACCCUCCUUUCAUCUCGUUCGAAAUAAAGCUCGCGAGUUUGAUCACUCGUAGCAUAGCUGAGAGCUGGAGGUAGGUCAGAUAGAACCAGGUUAGACCGGUUUCCUAUUUACAAGAUGAUAUUG